AUGCUUUCUAAAAUACUCCCUGGAACAGAGCCUACCAGAUGUUACAUCCACCGCCCUGGUGCUGCUGCAACAAUAAGCCUGACCAAUCUUGCCGCAAUGACCACAGAAAUCAGUACCUCAUUCUCAAUGCCCCCUCCAAGAGCCCCUGCUUCUCCUAUCCCUUCUGCCAUUUGUACCACUGCCUUCUUCCAGUGUGUUUUCCUCUCCUCACCAACUCUUGUUGUCAUCUCAACCAGGAGUGCUGUGGAUCCCAGCACACUCCCACCCUCAGUUCUGUCAUCAUUUAUUGCCACAGAUGAGGACUCUGGGUCUCACAUUACAAGUGUAAGCCAUUCCAAGCGGAAGCAUAGUGCAGUUGAGAGUAGUGAGUCUAGACUUUCACCUUCUGGAGGUGGCUCUGUUGCAAGCAGCUUAAAGUGUUCCCUGUCCAAUGACGGCAACAGCAAAAGCUCAGAAGUGUUGAAGAAGAUAACAGACCUGGUCGAAGAACUCACAAAGGGUGCCAAUGCAGCUGCAAAUGCACCUACCACCGACCUUGGACGUGCUAUUGCCCUCCUGUCGUCUUCCAAUUUGUCUGAUGUAGAUAAGGUUGACCUUACCGAGUACUUUACAAUGAAUCAGGCUGAUGGGGCAGCAUAUUACUAUCUACAGAGUGAAGGUGCCAGGGAGAUUUGGAUUCAGAGAAAGUUGGCUCGGAUUCAUGCAAUGGACACUCAUUAA